UCCUGUGAUCUUAACAUCCACACACGCCAUUCAGACAAAGACAGACAGCAGCAGCUUCCACCCGGCUUACCAUGUCUGACUUCUGAUUCACAAAAGGAGGAAAACGCCAUCAGUCACUACAGAGAAACUGCUGAUCUGGGACCAGCUAACGAAGGACAAAAUGGGUCUCUGGACAGCCCUGAUUCUGGCCUCACAUCUGCUAUUAAACCUCAGCCUACAUGUGGAAGCCCAGGCUUUGGUGUAUGAUCUGCUCACCUCUCCGGACUGCCUGCCCGACCUGCUGCAGGGCGGCUUGGCUGAGCAGGGUGUGAACGAGGCUUUCAUCCUGACCACUUUCAAGCUGCAGCCCAAGACCGGAACCACCCUAUUCUCCCUGUUCAACCCGCGGGACAACAGCAAGUACUUUGAGUUCACCGUGAUGGGGAAGCUCAACAGAGCCGUGCUACGCUACCUGCGCAGCGACAAGAGGAUGAGCUCGGUGACCUUCAACAACCUGGUGCUGGCGGACGGCCAACAGCACCGGCUGCUGUUCCACCUGAAGGGGAUGCAGCAGCAGGGGCCGGGGGGGGUGGAGCUGCAUCUGGACUGCAAGCUGGUGGAGACGGUCCGGGAUUUACCCGCCGCCUUCCAGGGCUUACCUGCAGGCUACGGCACGGUGGAGCUGAAGACCAUGCUGGCCCGAGACCAGGAGACUUUAGACGAGCUGAAGCUGGUGGUCGGGGACACGUUUGAGAACGUAGCUUCAAUACAGGACUGCCACUUCCAACAGAGAGACUCCGUCCAAACUCUGGGGGUCAACACGAAGCAGCUGUCCAACCAAAUGCUGGAUCUAACGAAGGUGAUAAAUGAGCUGAAAGACGUCCUCAUUCAGCAGGUCAAAGAGACUUCAUUCCUCAGAAACACCAUCUCUGAGUGUCAGGCCUGCGGUCUGGGGGGGACCGAGGUGGUGAAACCCAGGUGUGGUCCAGGUGUGUGUUUCCGUGACGUACGGUGCAUAGAGACGGCGGACGGUGUGGAGUGCGGACCGUGUCCCGACGGAUACACCGGGGACGGAUUCAACUGUGAUGACGUGGACGAGUGCCAGUUCAACCCCUGCUUCCCCGGCGUGAAGUGUGUGAACACCGCCCCGGGUUUCCGCUGCGACGCCUGUCCGCUGGGAUACUCCGGCCUGGCGAUUGAGGGUGUCGGCAUCGUGUACGCACAGACCAACAAACAGGUCUGUGACGACAUCGACGAGUGCAAAGGACCCAACAACGGAGGCUGCGCCGCCAACUCUGUCUGUCACAACUCUGUGGGCUCGUAUCACUGCGGCAGCUGCAAGACAGGCUUCUCCGGGGACCAGGUGAAGGGCUGCAAGCCGGAGGUCAGCUGCGGGAACAGCCUGACAAACCCCUGCGACAUCAACGCUCUGUGCACAAUGGAGAGGGACGGCUCCGUCACCUGUCAGUGUGGAAUUGGCUGGGCUGGUAAUGGAUAUCUGUGUGGGAAGGACACAGACAUCGACGGAUACCCGGACGACAAACUCAAAUGCAAAGACUCCAGCUGCAAAAAGGCAAGUGCAAACUCUCUGCAGGAUUUUAUUCAAAGUCAUGUUUGUUGGUUCUUCUUCUUUGCCACUUGCAACUCAUUCCCCCGUUACAUCCCUUUGCAGGAUAACUGCAUGUUCGUUCCCAACUCGGGUCAGGAGGACGCCGACCGGGACGGACACGGAGACACGUGUGACGACGACGCAGACGGGGACGGCAUACCGAACGAGCAGGAUAACUGCCCGCUGAAGCCCAACCUGGACCAGAGGAACAGCGAUAAGGACAGCCACGGAGACGCCUGCGAUAACUGCCGUAUCGUGGAGAACCCAGACCAGAGGGACACGGACAGCGACGGCCGGGGGGACGCCUGCGAUGACGACAUGGACGGAGACGGCCUAAAGAACUUCCUGGAUAACUGUCAGCGCGUCCAGAACCGAGACCAGCUGGACCGGGACGGAGACGGAGUGGGAGACGCCUGCGACAGCUGCCCCGACAUCCCAAACCCGAACCAGUCUGACAUCGACAACGACUUGGUUGGAGACUCCUGUGACACAAACCAGGACAGUGAUGGUGACGGGCACCAGGACACGAAGGACAACUGCCCAUACGUGAUCAACAGCUCUCAGCUGGACACGGAUAAAGACGGGCUCGGAGACGAGUGCGACGAUGAUGACGAUAACGACGGGAUCCCCGACAGCAUCCCACCGGGACCGGACAACUGCAGGCUGGUGCCAAACCCAGACCAGAUCGACGACAACGGUGACGGCGUUGGAGACGUGUGUGAGUCGGACUUCGACCAGGACAAAGUGAUCGACAGGAUCGAUAACUGUCCGGAGAACGCGGAGGUGACGCUGACCGACUUCAGGGCCUAUCAGACGGUGGUGCUGGACCCCGAGGGCGACGCUCAGAUCGACCCCAACUGGGUGGUUUUGAACCAGGGAAUGGAAAUCGUGCAGACCAUGAACAGUGACCCAGGUCUUGCUGUCGGCUACACUGCGUUCAGCGGCGUGGACUUUGAGGGAACUUUCCACGUGAACACGGUGACCGACGACGACUACGCCGGCUUCAUCUUCGGCUACCAGGACUCGUCCUCGUUCUACGUGGUGAUGUGGAAGCAGACGGAGCAGACGUACUGGCAGGCGACGCCGUUCAGGGCGGUGGCCGAGCCCGGCAUCCAGCUCAAGGCGGUGAAGUCUCAGUCGGGCCCCGGGGAGCACCUGAGGAACUCCCUGUGGCACACCGGAGACACCAACGAUCAGGUGCGUCUGCUGUGGAAAGACCCCCGGAACGUGGGCUGGAAGGACAAGGUGUCGUACAGAUGGUACCUGCAGCACCGCCCGCAGGUCGGAUACAUCAGGGCGCGGUUUUACGAAGGAACCGAGCUGGUGGCGGACUCUGGAGUGACGAUCGACACGACCAUGAGGGGAGGACGACUCGGAGUGUUCUGCUUCUCUCAGGAAAACAUCAUCUGGUCCAAUCUGAAAUACCGCUGCAACGACACAAUCCCCGAGGACUUCCAGGAGUUCAGCACUCAGCACGGCGGUGACGCGCUCUGAAGGACUCUCUAAAGACUGCUCCUCAGUGUGUGUGUGUGUGUGUGUGUGUGUGUGUGUGUGUGUGUGUGUGUGUGUGUGUGUGUGUGUGUGUGUGUGUGUGUGUUUAACCGUCUCCUAAAGACUCCAGCUGAGCUCGGUAUGCUGAACAUUGUAAGUUAUAAGGAUUUCUACUGAGCGUAAAGCAGCAUCACAUGUGGUUAUCAACGGAUAUAUUUUCAAAAUAAAAAGAGACCAUCUUUAUAAAACAGUAUUUCCUCACACAGGUGUGUUUAGCUUUACUUUUGGGAGCAUUAUACACAUGUUCAAACAGCUGGAAGGAAACGUUUAACUUUGUUUUUUUACACAUUUUGAUGCAAAAAGGUUGUUUUUGUUUUGUACGAUUCACAUUUCAAACAGUGCCUUCUGUCUCACUUACUGUACCAGAUUAUUAAAGCUCCUGUUUCUCUUUCCAACA